AUAAAAUAAGACUUUGUUUAUGUUACCGUUUGCAGUGCCAGAUUUACACUCGAUAGUGUUGCAGCGACUUUCGUGUCUGGCUCGGUUAACAGAGUAUUGCUGAAAAAAGUACAAACCCCAUUCAAACCGAUCUGACUAACGCUAUCUAUUUAUCUGAGAUUAAAUGGCUAGUUUAUUAACGGUAACGUUUAUUAAUGGGAAUUUAUAAUAUUUUGGGUAGAAUGACAAUCUCGUUGACCGCGGUGAAAUGUGUUGCCUUUGUCGCCCCCUCCUGGGAAAAAUAUAGAGGUUCGUCACAUUUCACUUCAUCCUCUGGCGUGCGCUCUAGUGAUUUCCUAAACCAAGGCCCUUCAGUGCACUCUUGCUAGAAAAACAAAAUCAAAAUGUUUAUAUAAAUCGUGAAAUGUAGCGCAGCCGAGCUCCAACUUUUCUCUCAAGAUGAACACGGACGCAGAAACGCGAGCACUGCUGUCAAACGUGAGAUUCAAAGGCGCGUGUUCCUGAAUCCAUCGCAGUUUCUCUUCAAACAGACCGAUAAUUCGGUAAACACUCUAAAGUGACAGAUCAUCACUAACAUCACUUCGUCUCGUUUCACAUACGCUGCGCCGCGAUUGGAAUGCGAGACUUGGCACAGCCGCUAAAAACAUCCAGGCAUUUUUGUUUGGCAAUUAUUUUGCUAGAUGCAGCCCAUCUCGUGCGUCAAACGGCACGUCACACUCCGGUAAUGGCUAUUCAUGAAGUUGUGGUAUUGUUGAGAAGAGCGCGAUGGAAAAAAGCGACGCGGCGGGCUCCGAGUGAACGGUUAAACGGAUGAAAAGCGAACGAAAACGAUCAAGUCGUUUCCCAAACGAUUCGACGUAAAAACAUAUGCGCAUCCCCAUCCCUGUCAACAUCUCCCAAAGAUCGUCCCAUUGACAACACAGGUGAUCGAUUAUUGCCGAUGUGGCACCGCCGAGAGCGUCUUUAACGUCCACCCUCCACAUGUAAUUACCGCGGCGACGGCUGAGGGAGAUGCGGCGGGUAAUCAAUAGGCGCUUGCAGCAGGUACGCGCCGCUGCCUCUUCACUCGCGCGCAGACGCACGCGCGCACGCACACCGUCUCGCUUGUUUUCUUGCCCAGCGCUGGAUGUGAGACGUCAGCGUCACCGCCGCAGCCCGUAGACACACGCAGCCCGCGGCCACGCGUUUCUCCACCGCGUCUGGAAGAAACGAAGCGCGGAUAGCGCAACGCAUCGGCACGCCGACAUUUCCCCGCCGCGUUACCACCUUUCUACGGAGACCAGAUAAGGCCACUCCAUGACAGUCUCGCGUCGCGCACAACGUCUUUGCGCAUCCCACAGCAGCGGCGUCUCAUCUCGGAACUGCUGAAAAUACUACAAGACAUUACACAACGCUGAACGCACCGCGCCAGACCUGCCAUGACCGCAGGGCUUCGUGGAAUGGCUCGCUUGGGGCUGUGUGGGCUUUUAUUCGGGCUGCUGAGGCUCAGCUCGGCUUGUCCUGGGUCGUGCUUUUGCAAUGCCUCGAGGAUCUCGUGUAUCGAUCAAGAACCGGGGAUCGAGGAUUUCCCCGUCUUGGUGCCGGAGUCUGACAUGGAAAACAUCACGGAUAUAUACAUCUCAAAUCAAAAAAGGCUACUUACAAUCAACGAGGACCAUAUGAAGUUCUACUCAAAUCUCAGGAAUUUAACAGUGACGAAUACUCACCUGACGCAUGUAUCUACGAUGGCCUUCUUCAACAAUUCCAAACUUCAAUAUCUGAAUCUCAGAGACAAUAACUUAUCAACGCUGUCCUGGAGGGCACUUCGUAAUUCAAACCUGUCGACUUUGUUGCUCUCUGGGAACCCUUUGCAAUGUGAAUGUAAGAACAUCUGGAUCAAAGUCUGGUUGGAUGACAGUGAGAGAGAGGGGCUGCAGUGUCUACAGGAAGGAGGACGAGCGAAAGCCCUCUCUAGACUUACUCUUCCUUCAUGUGAGUACCCACGUGUGGAGGUCAUCCCCGCUGUUGUCAGUCAAAUGGCAGGAACGGAUGCCACAGUGAUGUGUAGUGUGUCAGGAGCCCCGACCCCUGAGCUCUCCUGGAGCUUAAACUCCAGCGAUCACCCUCCUCUCUCAACCAGCCACGAGAUUUCUCACAAAAUGGAUCUGCAGUCUGUUCUGACUCUAAGUGGACUUUCACCUGAUGACAACGGCAGAGAGCUCACCUGUAGCGCCGAGAACAUCGUGGGCCAGACUGAGGCUUCAGUCCUUCUCAAUAUUCUUUUUCCCCCUACUAUCGUGCAGCUGUACCAGCCUGUGAGGAACCAGGACUGGUGCAUCCCUUUCACUGUGACGGGCAACCCGAGGCCUGAUCUGCAAUGGUACCAUGAGGGGAAGCUCCUGGAGGAGCAGCAGUACAUCAGGACCGAAAUCCACGAAAUCACGGAUACGGAGUACCACGGCUGUCUGCAGCUGGUCAUUCCCACUCAUAUCCAUAACGGCAUUUACACGCUGGUGGCUAGCAAUGAGUUCGGGGAGGACAGGGGAAACGUGUCGGCGCACUUCAUGCACAUACCCGAUGUGGACCACUCGGGGACAGAGGGAGUGUUUUAUUAUGACACAACAUUUAGUCCAGAAACCCCACCACUGGAGGACAAAGUCGCGGUUUAUAUAGUGGUUGGAAUAGCUGGGGUUGCUUUAACUGGAUGUAUCCUGAUGUUAGUUUUCCUCAAGUAUGGUAGAAGCUCCAAGUUUGGAAUGAAAGGCUCUUCAUCUGUCAUUAGUAAUGAUGACGACUCGGCCAGCCCGCUUCACCACGUUUCCAAUGGCAACAACACACCAUCAUCGUCGGAGAUGGGCCAAGAUGCCGUUGUCAUCGGAAUGACAAAGAUUCCAGUCAUUGAGAACCCCCAGUACUUCCGCAACCCCGGCAGCAUGCUGAAAUCGGACACUCUCGUCCAACACAUCAAGCGUCACAACAUUCUGCUGAAGAGGGAGCUUGGAGAAGGGGCUUUUGGGAAAGUGUUCUUAGCUGAAUGCUACAGCUUGUCUCCUGACCAAGAGAAGAUUUUGGUGGCUGUUAAGACUCUGAAGGAAGCCAGUGAAAGCGGACGAGCAGAUUUCCACCGAGAGGCAGAGCUCCUGACCAACCUGCAGCAUGAGCACAUUGUCAAGUUUUAUGGCGUGUGUGUAGAAAGCGACCCUCUCAUCAUGGUGUUCGAGUACAUGAAACACGGAGACCUCAACAAGUUUCUCAGGGCUCAUGGACCAGACGCAGUGCUGAUGGCAGACGGACAGCAGAGUUUGCUGGUGGAGUUAACUCAGCCUCAGAUGCUGCACAUUGCCCAGCAGAUAGCAGCAGGCAUGGUGUACCUGGCCUCACAGCAUUUCGUGCACAGAGACCUGGCCACACGCAACUGCCUGGUGGGAGAGAACCUGCUUGUCAAGAUAGGAGACUUCGGCAUGUCCAGAGAUGUGUACAGCACCGACUACUACAGGGUGGGUGGUCACACCAUGCUGCCCAUCCGCUGGAUGCCCCCAGAGAGCAUCAUGUACAGGAGAUUCACCACAGAAAGUGACGUGUGGAGUUUGGGUGUGGUCCUCUGGGAAAUAUUCACAUACGGCAAGCAACCUUGGUACCAGCUUUCAAACAACGAGGUGAUCGAGUGUAUCACACAGGGUCGGGUGUUGCAGAGACCUCGUACUUGCCCCAAAGAGGUGUAUGACCUGAUGCUGGGCUGCUGGCAGAGGGAGCCCUACAUGAGACUCAACAUCAAAGAAAUCCACAACCUGCUCCAGAGCCUGGCCAAGGCCUCGCCUGUUUACUUGGACAUCCUGGGCUGAUCUGUUUGCCAGUAUGGGUGUGUAAUUGUUAGUAAGAAAAUGUGUGUGUGUGAACGUGUGGUAUAAAAGGAGAAAGGGAUGAUCAUUUAGGACGAGUGAUUGAAUAUAGGUGUGUGUGCGUAUGUGUGUGUGUGUGUGUUCAUAAAAAUGGCUUGUGCUUCAGCACUCCCACCACAUAGACUAAAAGGCCUUAAAGUUGACUGUGUGCAUUGCUUUGAUUUUUCUUAAAUCUGGACAUGUCCAUCUAUCGCGCAUCAUUAUGUUUUCUAAAAAGCCCAGAUAGUCUACAAACAGAAACAUCUGAUUGUUGUAAAUAUGCGUCAGAGACAAUGCAGACCUUUUGUUUAACAACCUUUUCGAAAAAAAAAUAAUUUGGUUUGGCAAUUUUGGUUUGUUUGUUUUCUCUUACCAUUUUGUUUAUCGAGAUGGACAGAAUUAGGACCUGAUGAGGACCCAGUCAUUAGCACAACGCUGUCAACGCCCUGGCGUCAUUCUGGCAGACUUUACGCAGAUCGCAAUACUAUUCCUACCGCAAACUAUCGAGUAACAAUCACGGAACUGCCAGAUUCAUGUUUCGUUUGAAGUUUUUUUUUUACACGUUUGAUCUAAUUUGAGAUUUUUCUGUGCCAAGUUUUGAUGUCUAUAAUGCUGAGGUCGAUGAAAGGCGUUUUUUGGGACAUCUCGGUGCGCCCCAUCUUACUCAGCGCAAACUUCGUAAUAGAAGCACAGCGACAAAGACGCCUCCAGGUUUUUGUUCUUUUUUUUCUUUGGAAGAGGCUUGAGGUUGGACACAGAGUGUUUGGAGUGAGCACAGAGGCAAAGUCACCAGCAGUGGCACUUAAGUAUUUCCUCAGACUUUGUUUGGCUCCCCGGCCAUAAUUCUGAUUCGGAGGGCACUUCCUAACUGAGGUUUGAAGAACAAUGAGAAGAUGCUGUUCUUGUGUCAGUGGUCUCAUUUUUUUAACGUUAUAGGGUGCUUACACACUAGAAAACGUUUUGACGGAACGCUCGAUGGAUAGACAUCGGCCUGAUGUAUUUCUGAAUGUGUGGAAAGAGCCAUUCAUUCCGGAUAUUUCCCUGCCUUUGGCCCUAGAGGCUGGGAUAGGUUCCAGCAUCCCUACGACCCUACAUCAGACAAACAGUUCUGGAUUAUGGAUGGAUGGAAAGAGCCAGACUGUUUGAAAUAAAGCAGAAAUACAGCCAAUUGGAUUUCUGAAAGCACAAUUGGAUCCGCCUCCCUGGGAUUUUCAGUAGUCAACAGAUCCCUGCGACUGCGUUAGAGCCAAAGUACAAAUCCCUCCACUUUUGGUCACAUAACGGAGCAUCAGAAUCAACAAAUUCCCAGCAUUCUCCGACGUAGUGUGAACUAGUGUGUAGGCACUCUUAACCGUCCUCAUGUCGUGAUUUGAUGGACUUUGCCUUUGCGAAGACUGAAGAUUUCUUUCAGACCCGUUCCUGAGGAGUAUAUCCAUAGAUGUUGUUUAUAACACAACAGACCUGCCUGAUCAGCUGGUUAUUCAUUAUUAUCUGUUUAUGUAUCAACUGCGAAAUAACUGCUAAAUAAUAUGUGUAUGUGAUAAUCUAUGAUCGAUUUGUUUUUGAUGUAUUGUGGGCCGUUUCAAAGCGAUGGGCUUGAUGGGCACUGUGAAGUGAAUGUUCAUGUGAGAAUGAAACGAGUCGGACUGUCCCUGAGGUCACGAAUGGAAGACCCUAUGAAGGGACUGUCCAGAUUCAACCUGUGUGUGUUUCAACACCACCAGAGGAGGACAACUGGCAACCAACAGGGUUAAACUACAAAAGACUAAAUGACAACCAAAACUGUCAUUACACUAUAUAUAUAUAUAUAUACAGUGCAUUCAGACAGUAUUCAGAUCCUUUCGUUUUUGUCACAUUUUAUGUUGUAACCUUAGGUUGAAAUGUAUUUUUUUUCGAAUCGGUAUCAGGCUACGCUAUGAUGACGAAGCAAAAAAAAAAAACCUGUGAAAAUUGAUAAAUUGUUAAUAGCAAAAACACUAAUAUCUCAAUAAGUUAAGUAUUCUUACCUUAGUACUUAGUUAAAGCACCUUUGACAGCAAUUGCUUCCUCAAGUCUUUUUGGAUACAGUGUGGCAAGCUUUGUGACCUGAUACGGGGAUUUACUGCCAUUCUUCUCUGCAGAUCCUUUAAAUCUGGCAGAUUGGAUGAAGACCUUCGGUGGACAGAGAUUUUUAUUUUUGGGCUCAAGGCUGAGCUCUGGCUUGGUCACUCAAGAACAUUCAGAACAGUCGUCGCUAAACUACUUCUGCAUUAUCUCGGUCGUGCGUUUAGAGUCAUUGUCCUGUCUGACGUGACGAGAAGAAUGUGAAUAAUCAAGUCAGUGUGUUAUUUCUGUUCACAGAUUUGGUUUUUGCUUCGUUAUGGGGCACCAAACCGAUGUAAAAGAACUAGUGGACGAAAGCGAGUCUGUAGUUGCCUUGCUCCACUUGGGUUUGGGCCAGAGUUGCGUUUGAACACACUACAGAGUCUACAAUCAACGGCCAACUAUCAUGUACUCUACCUUUGUCUGUGCAUAUACAAAAAAAGUAGCAGUUGAUUGGUCUUCGCUUUAUUCGUUCUGAACAGCCAUGUUGUUAUGAAAGCGCAAGGCCAUGUGAUACUUCGUACAAGCCACGUGAAGGUUCAGAUGUGGCAAGGAGUUUAGAUUGAGGAGGUGAAAAAUGUAAGCAUUUUAGUGUGAAGGUGAGGUCACAAUUACCGCCCUGCAAAUUUUCACAGGUGACAUCCGGUCAUUUCGGGUUGUGAGUCCUCCAUGCGGAUCUGACGGGCUCGCCCCCAACACAAAGUUACUGUGUGAGACGUGCUUCAUACAUUGCUACAGUAUUGACAAUCAACCUUUUUUUUGUGUGACUGCACCUUUACAAACAUGGCGAAAUUAAGGAGUCUGAAUACUUUUGAAUCUACUGUAAGAAGUUCUGUAGUGGUGUUUGCUAACCAAGCAUCACAGUUACUGUCGCUCAUACUUAGGGCUUACUUGAAUAUUACACGCAGUGCAUAUUCAAUUCAGUCGUUUCUGUAAAACCAGACCAGUCAAAACGAAAUCUCGUCAACCUGACUAACUCCAGGGCUACGGUAUUCGACUUGUCCUCCUCUGCCGGAGUAAAUAUUUUUUCUCCAUUUCGAUCGACGGGGCUCCUCGUAGGACCCCAGCAACACAUUUUACGCCGACCGACCGAUUCUUCAGGGUGCGAAGCACCAGAGAGAUGUGUUGCUUUGAAAGCGUAUGUAUAUAUGCAAUUAUUCUGUAAAUAUACAUGAGCAGGAUCAAUCAUUCUUUGUACACUGAUGUCAAAUUCUUUCCAAACAGUACAUUGGCAGGACCUACUUUUAACAGCCGACUUUACCCGACAUCAUGAGUUGUCGAACAGCGUCCAAUCGAGUCAAGUGUCGGUCAUUAUGGUCAUGAUCUUUUUGAGCAGUGACUUAUGGCCUCUUAGAGCUUUGCACUUUCUUUAUAGAUGUACUGCUCAUAUUUUUGUAGUUUUCACCCUACAAUUGUAAGCACUGCAAAAAAAAAAAAAAAAAAAAAAAAAAAAAGGAAAAAGAAAAUGCACUGAAAGAGGUUAUUUACAUUGAAUCUGAUUAUUUGCUAAUGUUCACAGGUAUCGAAGAAAUGUAUUCAGUCAGUUACGCUAAACAAUUUUUCUUGUGUUGUGGCAGACUGACUAUGUGAAGACUUUAUUGAACCAACAUGGCAUUUUCUUCGUUUUUUUGCUAUACAGAUUUCUGUGUGUUCUAAUAGCCAGCCUGUACUUUAUAAUCCAUUCUGUACAGUUCUAAUAGAUGUCUAUAUAAAUAGUAUGUUCUCUAUAUAUUCUGUUUCAAACAGGCAUCAUGUCAAACGUGUGACAUUGUAAAGGGAAGUAAAACAUGUCUAAUGGGCCUCCGGCAAUAUGUGAGUGUAAAUACAGUUUAUUUUGCGUGACAAUGUUUUUUUUUUUUUCUUGUGGUUGAUCAUAAUAAAAGUAUGAUUUCAUUUUUUUAUAUAUCUGUAAUGGAUCAACUAGCCUUUUCCCCUGUGUAGUAAACAAUUUGAUGUGACCGACGCUUACUGCACCCUUUUUUUUUUUUAUUUAAAUUGAGGGUUGAUUCACGUCCAGGGGGAAAGAGCCAAGAGAACCCCCCCCCCCUUCCUCAAUUGAUUUCUGGAAAGCUCUUAACAUUGUAUAUGAAUGAACUGUGACUGAGUACUGGAACACUGUUUAUGCAUUAUUUUGUAAGCCAAGAUUUUAUGCUUUGUCGGGUGAAUCUCAAUUAAAGUGUCGAGAAAUGUCCUGGACAACCCAAAAGAGAAACAAUACAUGAAAAGAUAAGCCUAUUUAAGGCGAUUUUUUUUAUAUUGGGAUAAAAUAUAUCCUGGACAUUUCUUUGUGAAAUGCACCCAUUUAGGCAACUAGAAUUAGAACAUUUGUUCCCAUUUCUUUUAUUUGUUUAGCUGGAUCACUGGUUGUGAGUGAGUGUGUGCGCGAGCGUGUGUGUGUGUGUGUGUGUGUGUGUGUGUGCUCCCGGCAGACUCAAUCUCUCACGGCUUUAGGUGUCAGUACUCUAUGCUUGUGCAUCCUGUGAGAAGCUUCUCUGCAGUCAGUGGAAAUGUUCCUUGUAAUACUGUGCAUUUAAUAAAAGUGGUAUGUCUUACUA